GGAGUAUAGUCGCUCACUAUUGUGUGGCACAUUUGGAGCCUGUCGUUGCGCAGCGGCCAGUGGAUUUUAUUCAGACGAUUUAUAGCCGAGGGAGCAUUAGUUGUCCCUUCUUAAGGCAAAAUGCAGACCUCAGGAAAUUAUCAUCCUGUUCCCAUUGGCUUUACAGUGCCAUCAGCACCUCCUUCAUAUGAAGAGGCCACAUUUCAGCCUCACCCGUAUCCACCACCCCAUCCAGGCAUGGAUGCAAAGAACAUGAAUCCUCCAUAUAUUGUCCAGUCAAUACCUGUGCAACCUCCAGUUACAGUUCAGACAGUUUACGUCCAGCAGGCAAUGACACUUUAUGACCGUCCAGUUCAGAUGUGCUGCAGAUCAUGCAACAGUAUGAUUACUACCCGCCUCGAAUACAGUUCUGGAGCUCUGGCCUGGCUAUCCUGUGGUGGUCUGUGCCUGUUGGGGUGUAUAGGUGGCUGCUGUCUGAUUCCAUUUUGCAUUGACUCCCUAAAAGAUGUCGAUCACUAUUGCCCAAACUGCCACUCUUUGCUCGGCUGUUAUAAACGGAUCUAAGGAAGGCAUACGAUGAACAGAACUAUUUUAUGUUUUUAUUUUUUUUUUUAUGCUUUAGAUGAAAACAAUAUGAAUUAUUAUUGAAUUCAGGAGUCUGAAUAUAGCAUAUACCUGUGGUGGGACUCAAAAAUAGAGCAGAACCACCAAGGAACAUAGUCUUAAGCCAUAUAUAAUAUGCAACCACCCAUAUAGACUUUUUUCAGUGCCAUUAAUGUUAAUACACAUUUAGUUCAUUUCUAGUUCCAAAAGGUAAAGAAAAUUGAUUCCGAUUCUGCAGUAUUGCAACAUUCUUUUCAGAAGAAUAUUUAGGGUGUUUACUUUACAGCAUCUCUAAAAUCUGUAUGUAAUCUGAUGUAUAUGUAUAUUUUUAAAGUUAGGAAAAGAAAUGUAGUAUUAGCUGGCAGCAUGAGGACGCUGCUGGUAGAGUUAUCCGUUCUUCAUUACAGUCGAAAUAUUUUUUUCUCGUAAACCAGAAUGUUUAAAAUAAAAUAAAAAAAUGUGCCAUUGUA